CCCCUCAGAAACCCCUUAGCCGGUUUGUCUCCCAGCUCCAGGGACCUCAACCCUCACUUCAUUUUUCUUCUUUCCAUCUACUGUUACUCUUCCAGGCAUUGGCCGCUGCUUGAGAAAAAUCAGUUUUGAGAAGAUCAGAAGAACGCUAGGUUGAAAAUGGUUGCUGACAAAGCAAAGAAACUGAAGGGCGCAGAGAAAGGUGAGGAGGAAGAUUCAGAUCACAUUGAUGGGGAGCUAGUUCUGUCCAUCGAGAAGUUGCAGGAGAUACAGGACGAGCUCGAGAAGGUUAAUGAGGAAGCAAGUGACAAAGUCUUGGAAGUCGAGCAAAAGUACAACGAGAUACGUAGGCCUGUCUAUGAGAAGCGGAAUGCAAUCAUCAAAUCUAUUCCUGAUUUUUGGUUGACUGCUUUUUUAAGUCACCCUGCACUUGGUGACCUUUUGAGCGAGGAAGACCAGAAGGUUUUUAAGUACUUAAGCUCUCUCGACGUAGAAGAUUUUAAAGAUGUGAAAUCAGGGUACUCUAUUACUUUUAACUUCAAUCCAAACCCGCAUUUUGAAGACACAAAACUUACGAAGACUUUUACCUUCUUCGAUGAAGGAACAACUAAAAUAACUGGUACAACAAUAAAGUGGAAAGAGGGCAUGGAUAUUGCUAAUGGAGGUAAUCAUGAGAAGAAAGGGACCAAGAGGCCUCUUGCUGAAGAAAGCUUCUUUAGCUGGUUUAGUGAAACUCAACAAAAAGACAUUUCAGAGGGAAUUCAUGAUGAGGUGGCUGAGAUAAUCAAGGAAGAUUUAUGGCCCAACCCUCUCAAAUAUUUUAACAAUGAGGCUGAUGAAGAGGAUUUUGAUGGAGAUGAAGAUGACGAAGAGUUAAAGGGUGUUGAUGGCUUCGAAGAGGAAGACGACGAUGAACAAGAUGAUGAUGAUGAUGAUGAUGAGGAAGGUGGUGGCGAGGAAGAAAGCUAAUUGUUUUUAGACAACAAUGUCUUUAAUAUCACUGCUUUUGGUCAUGGCUUAGUUGAAGUUUAAUGAUGGUUGCAGAAGGGCCAGGUGACAGGAUGGUGGCCCUUUUGUUGUCUUUGAUGGCGAUCUUCUACUUUGUAUGACUGCUACCAUUGCGUCUUAGGAAGUUGCUGUCUUCUUUAUUCUUUUUGCCCUCUUCAUUGGGCUUCUUACGUGCAGUGGGGUUAGGUUACAGAGGUUUUUCAUUAGCUUUACUUGAGGGGACUUUGGUGAUGAAAUAGUAGAAUUUUGUUUUGGAUCUUAUGUGCCUCUAAUUCUGGAAUCUACAAAUUGGUUAUUUAUAUAAUGAGUUAUGCGGGAAUUAAAGGCAAUAAUUCUUGA